GGUGGGGGUGAAGGUGUAGAGGUUUUGAUAAAUCAACCUUUUGACACUUUAAAUUAUGUGCCAAGCCCGAAACUUUAUGCAAAUGGAAGGAAUUUUGUUACUGGCCAGUUUACACACAAAAUUUACCAUCUAGUUGAGUAAGUUUCUUAAAAAUUUAUCACAAUUUAAAUCUUCUUCAGAGCUUCUUCAGUCAGAAUCGUAAAAUUCUAAUUUAUAGGCAGCUAUAAAAGUAAUAAAAUCUUUGUUUUUCUUUUUAAAAAUUUUCCCUCCAGCAUUAGCAUCUAGCAAGAGUGGAAAGAAUUAGUUCUACUUUUUAGUAUUGAUUAAAAGAAGAAUUUUAUCCAUUUUGGAUCUCUGUAAAUCUGUAGGUCAUGGAAUUCAAUUAUUUAAACAAUGUAUUUAAGGGUUAAAACAAUUUUUUAAAUAUCUCAUUGGGCACUCCAAGGUUUUAGCUAUCAGUAAUUUCACAUUCUAGUUAACUUAAACAAUAUGUAUUAAUUUUUUAGCUGAUCUUUUUAAUUUAAGGAAAGCACCAUCUUUUGUCAAAUUGAUGGCACCAAAGGGUUCAAUGAAAAUACAUGAACUGUCUUGGAAUGCCUACCCUUACUCUCGUACAAUUCUAACUGUGAGUUUUGCAUUUAAAAUUUUAUUAAAAAAUAGACUAUGCUUUCUAUUUUUUCAAUAGAACUUUUUUUUUUUAAAAAAAAAAAGCUUAAUAUAUGUCCAUCUAAUGGACGUUUGGUGAAUUUAAAUGGAAUUUUAUCAAUCAUAUUUAUCAUAAUUGUUCAAUCAUCAAUGACUUUAUAGUUGAAUUUCACUAUAGUUAUUUGUUGCUCUUAAUUCAAAGCAUUAUUUGAAUCUUCACAAUUUCACAACCGUUCAUUCUCAGUUGAUAUAAAUAUGCAGAGUUUAAAACUGUUAGACCGUUAGAUUUCUGAUCAUGGCUAAUAAAAUAGAGAUUCAUGGCGUAUAGUCACACACAGAGUUUAAAUAUUCUUUUUUUUUUAAUAUCAUUUUAGUGUGAUUAGCUUUAUGUUUUGCAGAAAUAUCUUUUUUAUUUAUUAAUUUAUAAUUGGAUUCUUUUUUAAUUAAUAAUUUUCAGAAUCCAGAUUAUAUGAAGGACAAGUUUUAUGUGAUUAUUGAAUCCUAUCAUGCAGCAGACAGAGGAAAUGCCCACAAUGUAGGUUACUGACAAAAUGUAUUUUAAAUCAGCUUUUAAAAAAAAAUGUUUUGUUUACUUUAUGAUAUGCAUAUUAAAUAAACCCUGGGCGCCAUGUAAUACAUGUAAUAACAUAAGUAAGAUUAUUUUAUUGAUGAAAAUAAAUGGAAAAUUUUUUUGAUUACCGGUACCAUAAACAUAUUCAUUUUCAGCAAAUAAAUAAAUACAUCUAAUCUGUUAACAAAGACAUCAUUUUACAAUUUAGAUCAAUUUUUUUUGUUGAUGCCCUAAAAGAAUGUUGAUUUGGAGUUUAAAUUCUUAUUUUCAUAGUGAUAAGAAUUUCAUAUCUGAAUUUAAUAUUCGCACAAUUUUCAGAGGGAAAAAAGAAUUAGUGACAUCAUUCCUUAGUUAAUUUUUAUCUGCCUUUGACAGCAAUACAUUUCAUGCCUGAUAAAGAGACACCAUUUAUCCCGACAUUUUCUUUGUUUCCCCAAGGGCCUAUGAUAUUGUCUCCCCAGAAUUAGAUUCAAGUAAAGCAAAGCUGAAUCUUAAUUUGAAAUUAUUUGACCCUAAACACAUUUGAAUCAACUGCUUUUCUUAUCCAUAAGUGGGAAAGUAUGGUAGUUGUGCUGGGAACUGUAUGAACCAUGUAACUUUUGACUUUUUUUAAAAUAGAUUCUUGGUCUGGAGGGACGAGAUUUAAGCCAUCGGCAGAUUGUUUUGAUUGAUAUUGCAAAUGAUAAAGUGUCAAAUGGGGUAAGUUGAUCAAAGGGUAUUAAACAGUGCUGUAAAUUACCAAAAUAAAAAUCUGCAUAAAGCUGCAAGCAAAAAAAUGUAGAAAUAAAUUUUGAAAAAAUAGUUAACUUUCUGUAACAGUGUAUAAAAACACAUGUUAGAAAUGUGAAAUGUAGUCUAUUUGUUGAUUAACCUUUAUCGUUAUGGGGCCAUCCAUACAUGACAUCAAGCAAAUUUAGCAGAUUUUUACACACACACACACACCCUGGAAGUUAAUUACAGACCUGUUUACUCGUACGAUUUUGGCGUACAAUGUACUAUUUUGAGAUGUAUACAAUAUACUGCAUGUUUAUUUUUUUACUAUCAAGAUAAUGUAUUGAACGAUUUUGUGAUGAUAUUGUACGCUUUUGAGAGUUUGGGGGUAAACAGGUCUGUAAUUAAACAAAGAAAACUACAAUACCUAAAUUAUUUUCAUUUUAAAAAAAAUUGUUUACAAUAUAAUUGUAAUUUAUACGGGGAUUGGGGGAAAUGUUUUGAUAUUGAAAGGGGAUGCAAUGCAGCAGGUUAAGAAUCCCUACCAUAGCACAUUUACUAAGCUCAACCCCACCCACCCACAGUUAACCAUUUUUUUCAUUUCAUCUCACUUCAAAUGGAAGCCACAACUCUAUGACUUCCGUCUCACAUUUUGACAUAAAUUUUUCAUUACUGUCAAACACACUGUAUCCUGAUCCUCGUCUGUAGCAUCCUGUAACUUGAUCAGGUGCCAUUUCUCAGACCUCGCAUACCUGUACUGUUCUCUCAGUGACUGUAGUUUUUUAAAAAAAAUUAUAAUUUUUGCAUAAAAGAAUAUUGUUAAAAUGUCUGUAUUUAGUGUUAUUUAGUGUAUUUUUUUCCAAGAAUGUUUAGCUUUUAAUGUGACGUCACUUUGCUUAACCCCUCAUCACAUAUUGUGUGACAACCCCCUUCACCCAACGCCUAAUGUCAUUUUGGAUCGCCCCUAUAAAAAAUAUAAUGAUUACUUUGGACUGGACUUGAAGGCGAUCAUCAACAGCCUCUCAGUCUCUGGUCACUUUUGUAGGGAAAACUAUUUGGAUUAUUGUCACUGCAUAAUUUCUUUGUAAAUAAUACCAGAGGCGAAGUGGUUCACAUAGUGACUGAUAUUUUAUUAUCCACAUUCACAAUAAGAAAUACAUUUCACAAAAAUCCGAAAGCACUUGGAAAUUAUAUAACAUGAAUUUCACUUACUAACCUCUAGAUAAAAUAAUCUUCUUUACUUGAAAUAUGUAUCAAAACAAAAUAAAUCUUUAUUACAACAUCAAUUUUGUCAAAACAAACCAUUAAACUCCCAUUUCUGAUUGGCCAGUUUCUCCCCAAAGUCCCAACACUCUAUAUGUUAUAUAAUAAAUAUUUACCAUCUUACUUAUCUCCCAUUAUUAUUCAAAUUUAUAUCUUUGACAGUUAUAUUUUAAUCAAUGUCACAGUGGUUACAUCACAGGUUAUUGUCCUAAAGAAAAAUAAACAGCAAGAGGGCUAAGAAUUGUUUUUGUAGCAUUCCUCGCUUAAAAGAGAUUUGAAUCAUAGGGCCCUUUUAUACAUUUUAAGGGGAUCUAUCUUAUUUAUUUAUUUAGGCAUUUUUAUAUAGCGCUUACCAUAAAGCUCUAAGCGCUUUACAAUUAUUAAAAACAUGUAAACUAACUACAGUAAAAAUGAGACAUUAGGAUAGUAACUACUAUACUAUAGAAACAAUUAAAAUGGCUAUAAAACGAGGACACUUUGGCACGUUUUGGCCUAUAUUACAGGAUUAACCCGAGACAGAAAAUGAGGCAGGGCAAGGAGGGUGCAUCACAGGUCAUAGGCGGACCUAAACAGAUGGGUUUUAAGGGACUUUUUAAAAGUGGACGAGGUUUCACAAUGACGGAUAUGGAAGGGGAGCUGGUUCCAGAACGUGGGCCCAUGGAAGUAGAAGGAGCGUUCACCGAUGGUCUUAGUUUUGGUUCUUGGGAUUGAGAGGGUUCUAUUGUCAAUGGAAGAGCGUAGUUGUCUUGUGGGGAUGUAAGGAAGCAACAGUUCAGAGAGAUAGACAGGAAAGUGAGGGUCAGUGAACGAGUUGUUUAUGAUAUAUAUUAACCACUAAGUUUGGAUCCCUUACAGCACUUGCUGCAAUCAAUUUUUGUUUGCUUGGCGUUAACUUAUUUCUGAAUGGGUUCCCUUUAGGUUAAGAUGUCAACCAGUAAUAAAUGUUGAGGAAUUUACAAAAAUUGUUUUUUUUUUUUAUACUUUUCUCUUUUAAAAUUUAGGACUAUAACCCUGAAUGGGAUCCAUGUUUGGUCGGGUCUGAGAGGGCCAAAAGACCCCCUUUACCAAAUGAUAAAACUGGUGACUGGAUGGUAUGUACUUUCAUGAUUCAUUAGAUUAUUUUUUUUUAAAUGAAGAAUCAAGACUGAGAGAUUGUCAGCAUUAGGGAAAGUUAUUAAUACAAUUAUAUAUAUUUUAGCAUUAUCUAAAAUAAAAUUUAAAAAAACUAACAAUCUAAAUUUAAUAUAUUAUCACAAAAUCUUUAUGGUGGAUGUAUUUAUGUUUUGAAGAAAAAGGUUAAAGAAAUAUACAAGUGUGGUUUCCAUUAUAAUUUAUUAUCUAGAUCUGUUUGCAAGAACAGUUUUAUACAAUUAAUCUGAAACAAAACUCAUUUUGUUUGAAUAUGGCCCAUAUUCUGUGUUUUAUUUCUGAUAAUUCAGAAUGAAAUCCAUCCUGUCAUGUGCUGCUACAAAGUGGUCAAAGUUUGGUUCAAGUGGUUUGGUUUACAAAAGAGAAUGGAAAAUUUUAUACUCUCGGUCAGUUUGAUUUUAUUACAAUAAUUUUACAACCAUUAUUGCUCAAAAUAUCAUUCUAUGGAUCAUUUAUUCAAAACUACUUUUUUGCUAAAACUGAUAUUUUAAUUAUUUGUUAACUUGCAUGUUAUUAGCAUUAAAUGUAGUUGUUACAAUGCUGUGAAUUUUCAUUAAAUGUAAAUAUAAGUUUUAUGUGUUGUUUUCUGCAUUUACUGAGAGCCCUGGUACUCAACCCUUUGGUCACAACCUCAGUUGGGGUUGCAAAAGAUUUUCUGUGGGGUCAGCAGCUAAAUUUUAAUUUAAAAAAAAAAUAUAUAUAUAUUAAAGUGAUUAUCAAAUUAAUUGUUGUUUGAAAGUGUGAAUACUCCCUUAAACAAUGCAUUCCAUUUUUCUUUCAGCAAGAGAGGCGAUUAUUUUUGAAUUUUCACCGCCAAGUGGUAUGCUGGCAAGAUCACUACUAUGGCAUGACUUUGCAAGAUAUCAGGAGGUUGGAGGAGGAAGUUUCAAAGGAACUUGAAAAGGUAGGAGACGUGCAUCUUGUUUUUUAA